UCGGCCAGAGCUCCCUCUGUCUCUCUCGCUCCCUCACUCUCUGUCUCUCCAGCCUUUCUCUCAGCGCUCUCUGCCCCGUCCAGGCGACAUGAGCCGACCACCAGCCCCGCACCUCGCCAUCCUGGAGAGGUCCAAGCACGUGAAAGACGAGGACAAGCUGUACAGGUUCCAGGGCCUCCUCUACCCCUCCAUCAUGAGCCCGGCCGAGAACCUGGAGGCCGUUAGGACCAUGGAGGCGCGGGCCGACGACGUGCUGCUGGUGGCCUAUCCCAAGUGUGGAUUCAACUGGAUGGUGUCUGUGAUGCGCAAAGUCAUAGCAGCCUCCAGUGGACAGAAAGAGUCGUCAGACCUGCCCCCACUGAUCGAGUUCUGCACACCAGAGAGGCAAAAGGCAGUAGCUGAAGAGAAGUCUCUAAGGCUUCUCGGGACACAUCUGUACCCUGAUAUCAUCCCUGCUUCUUUUAAAGAGAAGAAGACUAAAAUGCUGGUGGUGUGGAGGAACCCCAAAGACACUCUGGUCUCCUACUUCCACUUCAUGAACAAGAACCCAGUGCUGCCCAACGUCGAGUGGGACAAGUUCUUCACAGACUUCAUGAAAGGAGAAGUGGCCUGGGGUUCAUAUUUUGAUCAUGCCCUUGCCUGGGAUAAACUCAUGGAUGCUCCAAAUGUGAAGAUUGUCACGUUUGAGGAGAUGAAACAGGACCUGAGUGGGGGCAUCAGGCAGAUCUCUCAGUUCUUUGGCUUCCCCCUGACUGAGGAACAGGUCCAGACUAUCUACUCAGAGAGCACCUUCAGUGCAAUGAGUGCCAAAAGCGUCCAUGGCAAAAUGGGAAGUGUCUUCUUCAGAAAAGGUGAGGUGGGUGACUGGAAGAACCACUUCAGUGAGGCCCAGAGCCAGCAGAUGGACGAGGAGUUCAACAAGAGACUAGCAGGAACCAAACUGGGAGCCAAACUCAAAUACGACACCUACUGCAAGUAGGGAGAAGACUGUGGUCAAAUUUGUACUUUUGUACUAAAUACACAGACAUUUGGACAGUAUUUCUGAAGAAUUGCAUCCUGACCCUUAAAGAUUGAAUUCAAGAAUCUAAGGUUUCAUUCUGAUUCUAAGGUUUUCAUUCUGAUUCUAAGACUGCAUAUAUUAUUGACACACUUCCAAUAAAAUCAUAAGAAAAAAACUGCACAAAAACAUACAAAAUCACAUAUCCUAUGUGUGGAUAGUGAAAGCUGGCUAUACCAUGAAUGACAUAGAUGGUUGUAUGCAAAUAUAUUAUAUCCGACUGAGAUCUUGCCUCCAUUUUAUGCCAUAAUUACCUUAUUGUUCACUGUCAGUUGCCAUUUUUUCCUAAAUUUCCUUCGGGAUUAAUAAAGUAUCCAUCUAUCUAUCUA